CAUGUCUUCCCCAUGCCUCCUCCAGGUGCCAGCUACUGUGAGGAACAUUCACCAGAGUCUGGUGUCCCAUGUCACUGUUGAUGCCAGGCAGCAAAUUGACAUUAUAAGGCUGGCUGAAGAACACCCUGUUGAUGUGGUGCUGGCCCUCCUGCACUGUGCCCCAUCGUGUGACAGAGCUGCUGCCAUGAUGUGGCAAACCAUAGGCUCGUCGGGACCAACAGUAGAGAAAGUGCUGCCAACACUGCUCUGUGUGAUGGAGAACUGGCCCCUUUGCAGCACCUGCACCUCUGAUGGAGACAACAAGGACGUUUUUCCCUUGAGUGCAACUCUGGUGCUCUGGGUGAUUGUCCAGAUGCCACAGUGCUGCGAGGCGAUGAUGCUUUAUUCCGCCCGUCUGUUUGUGGCUCUGCUGUUCCAUGUUGUCAUCACCACCCAGCAGAUGCCACCAGUGGAAGUUGACAGCUUCUGGAAAACAUGCCGGGAGCAACACCGCCUUCCCAGCAACCCCAACAGGUUUGCAGUGCAGGCCAUGAAAUCUCUGCUCUGCCGACUGCGGUGUGAGAGUGUGGUCAUGGAAAUGGGACGCAAGCGUGGCUGGGACACGCUGCUCUGUGCUGACACCCAGCACUAUGCCGUGGGUCUGCUGGCCAGGGAGAUGCUCCGUGGCUUGAUCCCCUUCUGUUCCCAUAUUGCACUCAACCUGCUCAAGUCACUCAGAAGGGAGGAGCCAUGCUGUGAUCUGUCCUUCCUGGCAUUCCUUGUGGAGGUGAGCCCGAUGGGCAGCACUACCUCGCUGAGCUGCCUGCCA